AUGUCGUCUCUUAGCGUAGCGCAAAAAGUAACCCGAGUGUUGGUGGCUGGUGGUUCAUAUGCUGGCCUUUCGGUGACACUGAAUCUACUUGAUCUCUGCAAUGGUCUUUCACCGCGGUUCUCAGGCACAAACACUCCCGCGGAUAGAAGCCAGCAGACGCCUGUUGAAGUCACGAUAGUUGACGAACGAGAUGGAUUUUAUCACUUGAUAGGAACUCCGCUCGCAUAUGUCUCGAAAGAAUAUGCUGAAAAGGCCUGGAUCCGGUUCCAAGAUAUCCCUGCUCUACAAAUACCCUCGGUCAAAGUCCUCCGUGCUAGUAUUACGCAACUCAACUGCGAGGAGAAAUUUGCGACUGUCAAGGCAAUUGACACAAAGCAAAAUUAUAAGAUACCAUAUGACUAUUUCGUUGCUGCCUCGGGUUUGCGACGAACAAAGCCAUCGGCGCCGGUUGCGUUGACUAAAAAGGAGUAUUUGAAGGAUGUGUUGGAGCAUAUUCAACUGGUCGAGAGUGGGAAACAUGGGGUUGUUGUUAUUGGCGCUGGGGCCGUCGGCAUUGAGAUCGCCACAGAGGUCAAAAUGAUCUACCCUCAUCUGAAAGUUACAUUGAUUCACUCUCGACAACGGAUAUUAUCCUCCGAAGACUUACCAGAUGAAUUUAAAGAUGUGGCAUUGAACUUGGUCCAUGAAGCGGGUGUCGAGACAAUUCUCGGUGCUCGGGUAAAGGACACGAUCAAGAAGACCGACUCAAACUCCACAUUAUAUGAAGUCGUACUUUCAGACGAUCGCCGCAUCCAAGCCGAUUUUGUGAUCAAUGCCAUCUCCAAGUUUCAUCCAACUGCCACAUAUCUUCCGUCCACAGCGGUAGACGAGGAAGGUUACAUUAAAAUAAAGUCCAGCACCGAAUUUCAUGGCGACACCCCAAACGCCACCUUUCACUACGCAGCCGGCGACAUCGUUCGCUGGUCCGGCAUCAAACGCUGCGGUGCCGCAAUGCAUCAAGGCCUCCAUACAGCCGUCAACAUUCACCAACGAAUCCUCGCUGCCCGAACAGGUAUCACCCCUCGUUUCAAAGAGCUCGAUUCGAAUGUUCCGCCUAUGAUGGCUCUCGCCGUGGGAAAGAAGGCUGUUUCAUAUAGUCCGCAAGCUGGCACGAAGUCAGGAGAGGAUGUAUUGAAGGCGUGUUUCGGGGAUGACUUGGGAUUUACAAUAUGCUGGAAUUAUCUCCGUCUUGGAGAAGCGCCAUACAAGGUACACAAACCUUAUGAGUAUGGCGCGGGAAAGCGCGAUAAACUGACAGAAUUGCCGCUUUUGUUUAUUUUCGAUCUGUUCACGACGACGGGCAAAAACCUGUACUCCUUCAACGUUUUGUGA